CCAUAGCCCCGUGCGGCCGUGCUAGUUCCCAGCAAAUCAUGCGCUUUCGAUUUCAGAACACAAACAUGGUGUCUGCCGGUUGUUUAGCUUUAUGAGUGCAAAAGUUUGGACGCCGAAUUUGCGAAAAGUUUUUCUUUUUUGCACGAGUUUAUGUUCAGGCAUCCAAAAGAAGUUCUCAAUGUGGGUGUUCGUGACAAUGGAUUGCUUAAAGGGAAUAUAUAACGGUAUAGGAAUUCGAUUUUUUCUGAUGGCCCUCAUCAAGGUUUGGACCCUCAUAAUGUAUGUUCUCCGAAGGAACUUGAAAAAGGUUAUACAACACAAGACUGUUAAAUAUCAAUUGCUUCCUCUUUCAGCUAUAUCUAUUCAAAGAUUGAAACUAGUAAAACGAAAGACAUUAGUGCUUGACCUUGAUGAAACUCUGAUACACUCACAUCAUGAUGGUGUUGUAAGACAAACUGUAAGACCAGGAACACCUCCAGACUUUGUACUUCGGGUUACUAUAGACCACCAUCCUAUCAGAUUUUUUGUCCACAAGAGACCACAUGUGGACUUUUUUCUUGAGUGUGUCAGUCAAUGGUAUGAUCUUGUGGUAUUUACAGCUAGUAUGGAGAUCUAUGGUGCUGCUGUUGCAGAUAACCUAGAUAAAAACAGAGGAGUGUUAAAUAGAAGAUACUUCAGACAGCACUGUACACUAGAUGGUGGCAGUUAUACCAAAGAUUUAUCAAUGGUCAAUGAAGAUCUGUCAUCAGUUUUUAUUUUGGACAAUUCUCCUGGUGCCUAUCGGUAUAACCCAGAUAACGCCAUACCUAUCAAGUCGUGGUUCGCUGAUCCAUCAGAUACUGCGUUAUUGAACCUGCUGCCCAUGCUGGAUGCCCUUAGAUUUGUCUCUGAUGUACGAUCUAUACUCAGUCGAAAUCUACACCUUCACUCGCUGUGGUAGUCCAGAACAGGGUUACUACAUCGCAAUGCAAUGCAGUGCGUAUAGUCAUCGAAUAGCUUUAAAUACGUUCAGUUGAUAUAAAGAAGUCAACUGUUUUUGGGGGAAUCUAGAGAACUUGUAACAACAAAGGUUAUUUAAUGCACAGAGUCACAGAGUUAUUUUAUUUGCUAUUAUUGUCCUCUCUACAUGUCUUUUGCAGUUGUUCGUGAUCCAUAUAAAGCACAGCCUUACUGUAGGUCUAUCUCCCGAACAUUUGGUUAUAAGUGAUAUGACUUACAUGUAAGUAUAGCAAAUUUGUGAAACUUUUGAGUAUAUAAAUGUAGUCAACGGCAACCCUAUUGCUUAAUAGCAAAAGUGUUACUUCUCACAAAUCUCUGUCACAGAGCUUUAAGUUGCGUCAGUUGCUGGAUUGUACCUUAGCAGGACCACUUUACAGUCUGAGUGUUUCCUUUUAUGUAGAGAUGUAUUUGUUAUUACCCUUCAUUUCCAAGGGUAAUCGGGUUAUAUUAUUUAGAAACAUUCUGAAUGAAAUUUGAUCUUGUAUUCAUAAAACAAACAGCAACACAUGAGAUUACUGGUCAAAAGCUAUCAUCAGAAGCGUAAAAUAAGUAGAACUACCUUGUAAAGAACAUACAUUAACAUGGAUUAUGGUUAGCUCAGCAAGCAAGCAAGGUGAGCCAAACUGUGCAUUGCAAUUCGCUCCCCAAGUGAGCUAGUGGGGCAACAUGUAUCUUGCCUGCUCAGAGUUCAACACAGUAUCCCACAAGAAAAUGUCUUUUUUCAGGCCUUAAUUUAAAUGAAUAAACGCUUUAUUGGCCAAGUUUGUGUAGUCAAGAUGGCUGGAUGUUGGCCUAGGUCUGUCGGUACGUGUGUGGUUCGUGUGUGUGGACCUCGCGUGUCUAGACAUGGCAAUAUCUUAGAACUGAUCUGAAGCUUUCAUUUGUAGUUUCCUAGUUUACAAAACUCUGAGAGUAUGUUUAUCAUAGAAUAUUUAAUGGGAUUUUACUAUAAUAUCAACAUUCAGUCUAUUCAGUAUUUUCAUAGAGUAGAUUUGUUGUUCAAACAUCUAGCUGAUUCUAAAGGUCCGUGCAUUCAUUGGUACGUUCGCUGUGAACAAACUGCCUUUGUACACUGGCAUAUUUAGAGUUUCCUUCCCAUUUCAAAUAAUAAGAAGCAAGGUGCCUGUUCGUAUUCAUGCGCUUGCAAUCAGCAACCGUGUUUCGUAAAAAUUCUGUGAACUCUGUGCAUUGUUAACUUCUGUACAGAUUGUUGUUUUUUUACUUGCGUCAUGUUUGUACAUAACUUGAAUAAUUAUUAAAAAUUUUCUUAUGCAUUACCCAGGUGUAAGCUUAAAAUAUAGGAGAAAGUGAAUAGAUCUUAAAUAAAUGCUGUAGAGGAG